AUGGGAGAUCCUAAAGCGACGUCGUUGCGUUCGCUUCCUCCCGGUUGCCGAUUCUACCCCUCCGAAGAGCAGCUCCUCUGCUGCUACCUCUCGAACAAGAACGACGCGGACCCGGCCCAAUCCGGCGGCUACGAUUUGAUCAGAGAGCUCGACUUGUACGGCCACGAUCCAUUUGACUUACCUGACAGCGCUUGCUAUUCGUACGGUCACGCGGGGAGGAAGAGGCACUGGUUUUGCUACACGGUUAGGGUUUUGAAGGAGAGGAGAGCGAAGAGCGGGUAUUGGAGGAGGAAAGGGAGGGAUAGGGACGUGGUGGGCCGUGGAGGGAAGGCGGUGUUGGGGAGGAGGACGAGCUUUGUAUUUUAUUUGGGAAAUUCGCCCAACACUGCUGUACGGACUGAUUGGGUUCUCUAUCAGUAUGCUCAGGUCGAUCAUGUAAAGGCUUCUUUUGUCCUGUGCCGAGUAUUUGUCAGAUCUCGUCGUGGAAAUAGAUUAUCAUAUAAUGGGGUAAGUUCUUGUGCUGAAGAAAGUGCUUGCACAGUUCGUCACAUUGGAAUUCAGCAUGAUGGAUUUCAUACUCCCCAUAUUGUUGAAACUGAAGUACAUGGUGACAAUUCUGCGCAUAGGAAGAAUGAGAUAUUAAGUUUUCCAAUGAGACUGGACUGUGAGAUAAAUGACCGAGUCAAGAAUGGGCCAGUUUCUAUAUCAAGACUUCAGCCUAAUGGACAGGUCCCAUCAUCUGUGCUUGGUGGUAGUAAUCCGAUAUUUCUUGAUGAUUUGGCAACUGAGCAUUUACUUUCCAUUGUAGAGGGUGAUUUCAUAGAGUUGGAUGAUCUCAACGAUUGA